AUGUAAAUAAAUAAGCUAGGUCAAUGGACCUAUGUCAUGCGCCUGCCGUCCGUUACUCGCUUUAAAAUAUCCCAUGUUAUUUAAAAUUCUUUUCAAAAAUUGUUUCAUUAAAUAUGUUCAAGAAAAAUUAGUAUAAGUAUAUAAAAUUGUUAUUUAUAUUUCUGUAAUGCAUUUCUUUUAUCAUGAGAUAUAAUGCGGCGAUAGAAAUUUUAUAAUCCUGACAAGAUAAAAGAAAAACAAAAACUGCCUGAGAUAACGUUUGAAUAAUUUCAAUUAUAAGCUGCGAACAUGCUAAAGCACUUUUUCUUCAAAUUCUCUAAAAAUUUAUUUUAUGCUCGCCAUUUUAUUACGGCUUUUUGCAUAGUAUCUUUUAUAUUAGGUUGCUAUGUUGUAUUUUCAAGUUUAGAUAAAGAAACUUCAAAGGCUGCUUCCACUACUUCAUCAUCUUAUUGUAAUUAUUUCAUGCCAGUUGUGAAGUUUAAUGGUAUAUCUGAACAUGAGGGAACUUUGGAUAUUGUGAAGCAGAUGUUUCAAAAGAUGGGCUAUCGCAUUCAGACCCAUGAUCAAAUGAGUUGGGAUAUUAUGUGGUCUCAUACAUAUCCUUUUUAUUCUUUAGCUAAGGAAAUGGCUCAUCUUAAACCAACUCAAAAGGUUAAUCAUUUUCCAGGUAGUGGUUUCAUCACUCAGAAGUCUAAUCUAGCUGCUUUAGAAAUUAAUCAUAUUCCAAAGUCUUUUCUUUUACCUAAUGGAAAAGUUGAUUUUGUGAGAUUUGUUGAAAAAAAUCCAACUAAAUUCUGGAUCUUAAAAAGCCAUACUCAUAGAGGAAUGAAGCUUAUGAAUGGAUCUAAAGAUCUUGAUGCUGAAGGCUCUUUUGUGCAAGAAUUUAUUAGGAAUCCAUUAUUGAUUAACAAAAAAAAAUUUGAUGUUGGUGUCUAUGUUAUAUUAACAAGUGUGGAUCCAUUACGUGUUUAUGUUUAUUCAGGAGAUAUAUUAUUGAGAUUUUGUAAAAAGAAUUAUUUUCCUUUAAAUAUACAUCUUCCUGAAUCCUAUAUAGUAGGAGAUGAUUAUUUGCCAGUAUGGGAGGUUCCAGAUUUAAAAUUCUACUACUCAGAACUAAACUACACUGCAAAAGAAUCGUUUAAUGAAUAUUUUCUGUCUAAAGGAAAAAGCACAAAAAAGAUAUGGGCUCAAAUACAUGACACAAUAAAAAAUGUCUAUCGUCAGACAGAAGAUAAUUUGAGAAAGAGUGCGAUGAGUCUUGGAAGCUUAAGGAAUUUUUUUGAGUUGGUACGAUUUGACUUCAUAAUAGAUGAAGAUCUGAAUGUAUUUUUAUUAGAGGUUAAUAUGUCUCCUAAUCUUUCCCCUGCACAUUUUCCUCAAAAUAAGUUACUUUAUGAUUCAAUUGUAUUUAAUUCUUUAAGCAUUGUUGGUUUAAUUAGGAAGUUUCCAGAUUCUUUUACUUAUAGAGGUGAAGCUGAAGUUUCAGAAAAAGAUAUUCAGGUAUUUGCUGAACAAUGUGCAUCUGAAACAUGUCGAUCUUCCUGCAAAAACUUAAAGUGUCAGGCUUGUAAUCAGUGCAUGAAUAAAGAAAUGAGGAACAUUGCCAAGCAAGCUUACCUUGAAUUUAUGAACAGAGGAAAAUACAGAAGAAUAUUUCCUACUCCUACAGUACAACAAAAGACCUCGUAUAACAAUGUUGAGCUUUCUCCUAUGAAUGCUUUUAUGGAUUUAUGGUUUAAAGGAAAAUGCCAUCAGGAUCCAUCUUGGUGCUUCUGAAAUUUCUCAUAUAUGGAAAUGGGAUAUUUCAUUGUCUGUAAAGCUUGUAAUUUAUUUUAAUUUGAAGCUAAUUUUUUAUUAUCAGCUUUCAGAGCUACAAUUUUUUUUUUUAAUAUAAAUUUCUGUGAAAUAAUCUUUUUAAAGAAAGUAUCAUUAUAUUCUGUUGAUAAAAUAGCUUGUAAUAUAAAUUUGCUUUAUUUCACUGAUUAAUCUCAUAUUAAUAACCUAAAUAUCAAAGUGUAUUUUUUAUAUAAAUUAAUUCAAUUUUUUAUGUUUUACUAUUUCAGCAGCAAUGCACACUAAAUUUUAAAUAUUUAAAUUAUGUUAAAAAGUUCUUGAAUUAAUAUUUGUUGUUGUUUUUUAUUUUUAACUUUUUCUAUGUCAGUGACCCUAUAGAAAUCAUUGUGCCAUGAUAAUGUUUAAAUAAUUUGUUAACUUUGUAGUUGCUCAAGGUAUUGAAAGAAAGAGUUUUGUUAUAAAAAGUCUGUUUUUGUUGUUUUAAACAGUUAAAUUAAUUUUUAUAUUUGGUUAAUUUUAGUUGUUUUACCUUUGCUUCUUUUAUGUUUGUUAUAUGCUAUUAAAGCUUUAUUUGCAAUUGUUAAAUUAUUUGUCUGAUAACUUUAACAGAAACAAAUUACAUAUAAAUAUAGUUGGUAGGAAAUGGUAAUUUUAUAUGCUAAGUAUAAUUCAAUGUACUUAAAAUGUAAGAUUGAAAUAAAAACUGCUUUCAUAAAGUAGUACCACUUCAUCUCAAUAAUAAAACAGUUUCUGUUGUAUUUUUUAAAAAAUAUAUACUCUGAUAUUUAAAAUGGUUGU